AUUUUAGGGUGUGCUCUGUGGUUUUACCACAUUGUGAUAGUAAAAGACGGAUUAAUGAGGAGAUGAGGAGUUCCGCAGUUAUUUCAGUUGGUGAUAAUAUUAAUUUCUAAGAUAAGUGAGGUUAAUGUAGUUAAUUAACUGUGAUAUAAUAAAUAAUGCUUAUUUACUACAUUCAACAUAUUGUUCCAAAAUAUAUUUUAAAAAAAAAUUCUAAAACACCGUUGGAUUUUGUUCGUCUAUUUUCAUAUUUUAGCCCAAACUAUCUAAAUAAAGAAAAACAAAACUUGCCAAAACUUUUUGGAAAUUAUUGUACUAAUGUUAGAAAACAUAUUAAUGUGGGUACAAUUGGGCACGUGGAUCAUGGGAAAACAACUUUGACUGCUGCAAUAACUAAGGUAUUACAAAAAGAUGGAUUAGCGAAAUAUGUACCUUAUGAUCAGAUAGAUAAUGCUCCAGAAGAAAAAGCAAGAGGAAUUACAAUAAAUGCUGCUCAUAUUGGUUAUAGUACAAAUAAAAGAAGCUAUGCUCACACAGAUUGUCCUGGCCAUGCAGAUUUUAUAAAAAAUAUGAUUUCUGGAGUGUCUCAAAUGGAUGGAGCUAUAUUAGUGGUUGCAGCAACUGAUGGUCAGAUGCCACAAACUAGAGAACAUUUAUUAUUGGCUAAACAAGUUGGAAUAACAAAAAUUAUUGUUUAUAUUAAUAAAGCAGAUCUAGUGGAUCAGGAAAUAUUGGAAUUGGUUGAAUUGGAAAUCAGAGAAUUACUAGAAGAUUUUGGCUUUGAUGGUUCCAAUGCUCCAGUUGUGUUUGGUUCUGCAUUGGAUGUUCUAAAUGAAAAUAAUUCACAGUAUGGUAAAGAGUCGAUUAUUCAACUACUACACUACUUAGACAACUAUAUACCAGACCCUAAGAGAGAUAUCACAUCGCCUUUUAUGUUACCUAUAGAUAAUGCAUUUACAGUACCCGGUAGAGGUACUGUAGUCGUUGGUACUAUACAAAGAGGGGUAAUAAAGAGAUCUCAGGAUGCAGAACUAUUGGGUUUUGAUACUCAACUAAAAACUGUUGUUACAGAUAUUCAGGUGUUCAAGAAAAGUGUUACUGAGGCCAAAGCUGGUGACAAUGUAGGAGCUCUUCUAAGGGGAUUAAAACUGAAAGAUGUCUCUAAAGGGAUGCUGUUGAGUGCAGUGGGAUGUUUAAAAAUCACUAAUAGAUUUAAGGCUAGUAUUUAUUUCCUUUCAAGUAAAGAAGGAGGAAGAACAAGGCCAAUAACUGGAAAAUAUUGUCAACAAUUAUUUAGCAAAACUUGGAAUGUAGCCUGUAGAAUUGAUUUAGAUAAAGGUGUAGAGAUGUUGAUGCCAGGUGAACAUGGUUCAGUAGACCUCACUUUGUUAUGGAAAAUGGUUAUGAUUCCGGGACAACAGUUCACUGUCAGGGAGAAUAAUAUAACUGUGGCAACUGGUGUAAUUACAGAGACUUUACCAAGUAUUAAUAUAACAAAAAGUUUAGGUAAACUUGUACUGUAAUAUAAAAUUCAUUUGUUAAGUUUGAUAUUAUUUGUGAUAAGCAAGAAAUAUGUUUCUCUUCCUUUAUUAUUUGAUUCUUAUUGUAUAACAAACCAUAUCGGACCUUAAUUUCAAAGUUUUAACAUAGAAUUCUGAAGAUUCCAGUUAAGUUUAAGUAGAUGCAGUAAAUAUCAUUCAAGUUUAGUCUAUUGGUAGUUAAAAUUUUUAUUUGCAUUAUAAUAUGAAUGUUGCUGAUGAAACUAUUGUUUGUGAAAAGAAGACAAGAGUAGUUCUUCAGCUAAUUAGUAAGAUCCAGUACAACAUACUGCAACCUAUUAGCUAGGUACGAGGCAAAGAAAUUCUUAUAAAUCUAAACUUCCAUUGUAUUUUGAUUUAAAGAAAAUUUGGACGUUAUUUGGCAGCACUGUCUCCGAUUUGUUCAGCAAAGUUAGUUUUGAAAUAAGACGAGAUCAACAUAAUAGUGCAGUUUAUAGUAGAAAACAGAAGUUUUUAGCUGUAACUUAUUAAAAAAACAUAUGUAUUUAAUGAUAUUUUUUAUUAAAUUCAAUGUUAUGUUC